AUGAAGGCUGAUCAACCUGGCUCUUCCGUUCCUCAGUCUGUCAUGGACCAAAUUCUUGCAAAGCUGUCUCCAAAAGACGGUAAAUCGGGUGGUUCAGCUGGUGACCCGGCCACCAAAACUAUGGAUACCCAGCCGCGUUUGGCGAGACAGCCAUCUGGAGAAAGUCGCCCUUCUCAUGUAAACCAUGCGGAGUUAACUCCCACAAUUGAAGGUCACAUCCCGCUUGCCCCUACUAGCCAGCCAAAUUUGACCGUUUGGCAAAAUACCGUGAACACCGGAAAAGUGAUGGACACUCAGGAGAUGUUUCGCUUACAGCAAGAAUUGGAAGCUGCGAAUUCUCGUAUUGCUCUACAAGAGCAAGAGCUUGCUCAGACCCGUGUUAUCAAACAAACCCUGGAUCAAGCUAUGGGACCUCCGUCUGAAGUUGACUUUGGCGGCCGUGAGAUUACUGAGCAGACAAUUAGCAGCCUGCAGAACGCCUUCAAUGCGUCCACCCGCCAGUUCAAUCAACGUCAAGAACAAUGGGCUAUGCAAGAUGACGCUCACUCUGAUAUCUCAGAGGCUGUCUCUGCAGGAGGCUAUAAUAGAGCUCGUGGCAUAUGGAAUGCUCAAUCGCAACCACCAGUGAAUAACUUUGGAAAUGCAGACAAGAUCAGCCGUGACUUCAUGUUGCAUGAAUCUAGUAUUAACAGUGAUACUGCCCGCAGUUGGGGAACUCGCCCUAGUCAGCCGGGAUAUAACCCCAAUACUGGAUUUUCUAUUAACCAACGUAUGUUUCCAGGACAUGCAAACCCACCAUAUGGGUUUGAUAACCACUAUUCAACGGAACCAGCCCCUCAAAUUCAGGGACACGGUGGUCGGCGAGCCACUCAAGUUAGUCGUGGAUCCUCGUGCUUCCCCCCGCAGACCUCGCCAUGGGGUACAUUUUCCCCAUCCUUGACUUCUGCUAGUUCUAUCCCUCGGCCAGCUACCCAGCAACAGGCUGCAAAUUUUCAGCCACAGACUACCUAUUCGGCUGUGAACAUGUAUCAGCCCCGCCCAAUUGGCACGCCACUAUCCCCAAUGGCAGCUGAGUUUAAUGCUUACCCGGCUACCCCUGGAUCCUGGGCACCUUCUGCCGCUUCCGGAGCCGCUUCCACUUAUGUUUCUCCACUUGAACCAUUGAACUAUCGUCGUCUUCUAGAUAAAAGUGUUUCAUGCGAUUGGAAGUACAUCGUGGACAAGAUUGUUUGCAACAACGAUCAACAGGCGUCCAUUUUCCUUCAGCAAAAGCUUAAGGUUGGCACAUCCGAACAGAAGUAUGAAAUUAUUGAGGCAAUUGCCAACCAAGCAUACCCAUUAAUGAUCAAUCGAUUUGGCAACUUCCUUGUUCAACGUUGCUUUGAGCACGGUACCCCCGAACAAGUUAUAUCUAUUGCUAAUGCUAUUCGUGGCAAUACAUUGAGUCUAAGCAUGGACCCCUUUGGUUGCCAUGUGAUUCAGAAAGCAUUCGAUUGUGUCCCAGAAGAGCACAAAGCAGUUAUGGUACAUGAGCUACUUCGCCGUAUUCCUGAGACCGUGAUUCAUAGAUACGCCUGUCAUGUGUGGCAGAAACUUUUUGAACUUCGUUGGAGCGGUGAACCGCCACAGAUUAUGACUAAAGUUAACGAAGCACUUAGGGGAAUGUGGCAUGAAGUUGCCUUGGGGGAGACCGGGAGCCUCGUUGUCCAAAAUAUUUUUGAAAAUUGUGUCGAGGAUGAGAAGCGUCAAGCAAUCGAGGAAGUUCUUGCAAAAAUUGACCUACUUGCACAUGGUCAAUUUGGCAAUUGGUGCAUUCAACACAUCUGUGAACAUGGUGCCCCGCCCGACAAGAGCCGUGCGAUUGAGCACAUUCUGAUUUGGGCCACCGAUUACAGCAUGGACCAGUUUGCCUCCAAAGUUGUAGAGAAAUGUUUGAAGAUUGGUGGAACCGAGUUCCUUGAUAGAUAUCUCACCAGAGUCUGCACUGGUCGUCCGGACCGUCCCCGUAUGCCUCUGAUUGAUAGUACGUCAGAUCCUGGACAGCUCUUCAUCUUCAAUUUCUGUACUAACCAGUGGGCCAGUUGCCGGAGAUCAGUACGGAAACUACUUGAUUCAAUGGAUCCUUCUCAAUGCUGGGAACCAACACCGUGA